GAACGCCAUGCUGUCCCAGCUAGGGAGUAUGGGGGCAGGCAUGGCCUCUAUGAGCGCUCUGCAGCAGCAGCAACAGCAGCAGCUCCAACAGCGUCCCAUGCUGGCUGACAACAUACAGCAGCAGCAGCAAAUGGCAGCUCUCCAACAGCAGCAGCAGCAGCAGCAACAACAACAACAACAAGGAGGUAUGCCAGGCCAAGGCUCCGGAAUGCCCAACAUCUCGCCCCAGUUCAGAGAACUACUGCCAAGGAGGCAACUGCUCCAGCAGCAACAACAACAGCAACAGCAGCAGCAACAGCAACAGCAGCAGCAACAACAACAGCAGCAGCAGCAGCAACAACAGCAGCAGCCCAACAUGGACCAAAGCCCGUUUGGGUCGGAUCAGAACGCCAUGCUGUCCCAGCUAGGGAGUAUGGGGGCACUGCAUGGGCCUGGGGUAAACGAUGUGAUGUCCGGUAACAACCAGGAUCUCGGGACUAAUAUGAAUCAUAAUGGCUUAGACAUUAUGUAGCAUUUCCAUGCUAUUGGAAACUGCCACGGCACCAUUGGGAGCGGCCGAAGUAUAGGCAGCUUAGAUGGAAGGGGCUUCACCCAAGACGUGAAGUGUAGAGGU